AGCGCACUGUUCGACUUCACCUUCAUCACAGCAUACUUCCCUCCGAGAUCGCAGCGCAUCGCUACUGCCUCAAAGAACGAAGUCAUCAUCGACAAAAUGCUCAGCUAUCUGCACGACAUCGUCUCGAAUUUGCCGAACCGUACUUGCGUAUUCAUCGGCACCGACCUGAACGACAGCCUCGCGCGCACCAACUCGACAGAGGACGAUGCCACCAUAGGUGACCAUGCAUACGGUCAACAGCACUAUGCGGGCGAAGCUUUCCAUACGUUAUUGAAAGACUACGCCCUGUGCGCGACGAACACGCACCACCCGUGCGGCCCCACUUAUCACGGCCUACGAGGGCACUCGAGCUACAUCGAUUACCUGGUGAUGCCGAUGCGCUAUCUACCGCGAGUACGUCGCCAUAACAUCGCAUACCGCCUGACCAAACGACUCCGAGCAUUUCCGUCUCAACGACUAAUGGAUCACAUGCUGCUGUACAUCGGUGUGGACUGCACCCUAACAUACGACAAACCUCAGACAACGCCGCAGUGGGACUACACACGCAUAUUCUUGGCCUGGAAAGAUGAACGAUUCUCCGAAUGGGCGAAGCAGUUACGCGGCGACAUUGAGUCUGACCUGUCUAACUACCUCAAUGAGAACGGCUACCGUGAUAUGGCAGACUGGGCUGAAAGACACACGAUGGAGCCGGGAUGGCAAUUAUUGGUAUCUAAGAUACGCACACGAGCUCUGGCGUAUUUUGAAGCAAAGAAGUCCACGAUCGAGCUAGAGUACCAGCAGACACGCUUGCUCUGCACCGCUGCAGCGCUGCCUGCAAAAAACUUCGACGCCGACUACGUGACCUCCGAGACGAACAGCACUUUCGCGAACUACAGCAAGCUGAUGAGGCAGGACUGGAAGCAGAGGUCUGGCGAGCUUGUCGACGCCCUGCAG